AUGCAAGCUGUUGGUGCUAGUGAACGUAUAUUUGAUUUAUUGGAUCGUCAACCAGAAAUUCCUGCGACACCAAAUCCGAAUUGUUCUAUUAAACCAAUUGAUUUUGAUGGACAUAUUCGUCUGGAAAAUAUUUGCUUUACAUAUCCAGCACGAUCAGAUCAACAAGUUCUUCAUAAUAUAACAUUUGAAAUAAAACCAGGACAAAAAGUUGCAUUAGUUGGACCAUCUGGUGGUGGUAAAAGUACAAUAGCUUCACUUAUUGAACGAUUUUAUGAUCCACAAUCAGGAACAAUUUAUUUUGGUUCACAACCAUUAAAUUCUAUUGAUCCACAAUGGUUACGUGAAAAUGUUUCAUUUGUUAAUCAAGAACCAUCAUUAUUUGCUUGUUCAAUACGUGAUAAUAUAACAUUUGGUCUUGAUACAGAUAAUGUAUCAUUUGAUGACAUACAAUCAGUUGCUAAACAAGCAAAUGCACAUGAUUUUAUUGAAGAUUUUGAAAAUAAAUAUGAUACAUUAGUUGGUGAACGUGGUAUUCGUCUAUCAGGUGGACAACGACAACGAAUAGCAAUUGCACGAGCUUUAUUAAUGAGUCCAAAAUUAUUAUUACUCGAUGAAGCAACAAGUGCACUUGAUGCUGAAAGUGAACAUUUAGUACAAGAAGCUAUUGAACGAGCAAUGAUUAAUCGUACAGUUUUAGUUAUUGCUCAUCGUUUAUCAACUGUACGUAAUGCUGAUUUAGUUAUUGUUAUCAAUCAUGGUACCAUUGUUGAACAAGGUGUUCAUGAUGAUCUUAUUACAAAAGAAGAUGGCAUCUAUAAAAAAUUGGUUCUUCGUCAACUUAUGGCGGGAAAUAGUUCUAUAACUACUGAAUAG